CGAAUCUCACAAGGCGCCGCUCUCUCCCCACCUUCUAGCAGCUCCCUGAUUUUUGCGCCACCAUUCCUCGCGGUCUCUGCAAUUGCACAGCGACACACCAUGCGACCGAGAAGACACGCGCCCCCGGCGGCGCUCCUCGCAUCGCUGCUGGCCGCGCCGCAGCUCGCAUCCGCCUUCUACCUCCCUGGCGUUGCGCCCACAUCAUACAAGCAAAAUGAGCUGGUACCACUCUACGUCAACACGAUCCGGCCGGUCGCGGGUUCAGACGCCAUGCUGCACUCGGUGGUCUCGUACGACUACUACCACCCCUUCUUCCAGUUCUGCCGGCCCGAGAACGGCGUCGAGGAUGUUGGUGCCAGCUUGGGCAGCAUACUGUUCGGCGACAGGAUAAAGACCUCGCCGUUCGAGCUGAAGAUGGGGGUAAACGAAACUUGCAAGACGUUGUGCGAGACGACGUACCAGAAGACGGCCGCCAUGUUCGUGAACGAGAAGAUCAGGGCCGGCAUCAGCCUCAACUGGCUGGUGGACGGGCUUCCGGCCGGGCAGAAGAUCGAGGACGAGCUGACCGAGACUGAAUUCUACAACCCCGGAUUUCUCCUCGGCCAAGAGACGGCGGACGGCAGCCAGGUCCAGUUCAACAACCACUACGACAUCCUGAUCGAAUACCACCAGGUGGCCGGGAGCAGCGAUCAGUACCGCGUGGUGGGCGUGAUCGUCCAGCCCGAAUCAAGGGCGUACACCGGUCCCGUUGGCGCGGACACGUGCAACCAGGCGCUGGAUCCCGUCAUUUUGAACGAGUCGGGCGAUACCAAGGUCCAGUUCACCUACAGCGUCUACUGGAUCCCGUCCCAGACCGCCUGGGCCACGCGCUGGGACAAGUACCUGCACGUGUUCGACCCCAAGAUCCACUGGUUCUCGCUCGUCAACUCGGCCAUCAUUGUCGUCUUCCUGGUCCUGACCGUCAUGUCCGUGCUCGUCCGCGCCCUGAAGAAGGAUAUCGCUCGGUAUAACAGGCUCGACCAGAUCAACCUCGAGGACCUCUCCGGCACCUCGGCGUUGGAAGACGGCGUGCAGGAGGAUUCGGGUUGGAAGCUGGUGCACGGCGACGUCUUCCGCACGCCCUCCCACCCGCUCCUGCUCUCCGUCCUCCUCGGCAACGGCGCCCAGCUCUUCGUCAUGACCGGCCUCACCAUCGUCUUCGCGCUCCUCGGCUUCCUCUCGCCCUCGAACCGCGGUGCCCUUGGCACCAUCAUGGUGCUCCUCUACACCGUCCUCGGCUUCGUCGGCGGCUACACGUCGGCGCGCAUGUACAAGUCACUGCAGGGCGAGAAGUGGAAGUCGUGCAUCAUCAUGACCCCGCUCCUCGUGCCCGGCAUCGUCUUCGCCACCUUCUUCCUGCUGGACCUCUUCCUCUGGGCCAAGCAGUCCUCGGGCGCCGUGCCCUUCACCACGAUGCUCGUGAUCGUGCUCAUCUGGUUCGUCAUCAGCGUGCCGCUCUCGUGCGCCGGCUCGUGGAUCGGCUUCCGCGCGCCGGCGCUGGAGCCGCCCGUGCGCACGAACCAGAUCCCGCGCCAGAUCCCGCCGGUCACGACCUACCUCAAGCCGGUGCCGAGCAUGCUGCUCGUCGGCCUGCUGCCCUUCGGCGCCAUCUUCGUCGAGCUCUACUUCAUCAUGAGCUCCAUCUGGUUCAGCAAGAUCUACUACAUGUUCGGCUUCCUCUUCCUCUGCUACGGCCUCAUGAUCAUGACCUGCGCCGCCGUCACCGUCCUGCUCGUCUACUUCCUGCUGUGCGCCGAGAACUACAACUGGCAGUGGCGCUCCUUCCUCGCCGCCGGCACCACCGCCGCCUACAUCUUCCUCAACGCCAUCAUCUACUGGGCCAGCAAGCUGUCGCUCGGCGGCUUCGCCGGCAGCGUGCUGUACAUCGGGUACAGCUUGCUCAUCUCGUUUUUGUUCUUCAUCUUGACCGGGUCGAUCGGCUUCUUCUCCAGCUGGCUGUUCGUCCGCAAGAUUUACUCGUCCAUCAAGAUUGACUAGACGGAGUUGAUGGGGGUGGCAGAGCGAAAGGGAAGAAAGUGGAGCAAUGGGGGUGUUUCGACAGCUAUUCAGGGGACUGUUUUACGAUCUAUCGGUUUUUAGAUAAAAUCCAUGUAUCAACACAUCAACAUGCAGCGGAGUCGAGGGAUGCCUUGUAUCAUGAAAGUUUAGCGUCUUAGCUUCGUGAAUGAAGCGCUUCGUGUUAAACUCUGCGAUUGCCACGCCAGGCUCCAGUGCGAUAAUGCCACACUUCGGG